AUUCCUUUCUUAUUGACGGUUUCAUAUUUUGGUGCAAGAUGAUAGCUUUUAUCUGUGUUUUGGGUUUUAUCAGUGGUUGUUUAGCAGCACCAUGUACACAUACCAACUCAGCUGAACAUACAGAAGAACAGGUUAUCGCAAGAGUUAUAGCGCUAGCUGAUCAUAAUAACGAUGGGAUUUUAAGUGUUACUGAUUUAGCAGCUUACUUUGUCAUCAACUUUGACCAUAAUCAUAAUUCAGAAGUCGACAAAAACGAAUUCAUUCUUCAAUGGCAUGAAACAUUCCACGAUGAAAAGGCCUUUGCAGAGCACGUUUUUACCCAUUUUGAUACAAACGCAGAUAACGUGCUUAAUCUCAGUGAUCUUUUCGCCCUCAAUAUCAGACUGGAUACAGAUGGUAAUGGAACAGUUACUAAUAAAGAACUUGAAAGCUAUCUUCAACUAAUUUACAACGCCUGUUAAUUGAUAGUCGAAAUAAAACGUUUCUGAUGUAGAAUUUCAGUGGUU